AUGUCAGAGGGGACAGCACCGCCAGCACGCAUAGCGGGCGCGGGGAGCGGAGGGAAGUUCGUGCCGCUCGGCGAUGGUGGUGAUGGUGGUGUUGAGGCUGGCGCCUCUUGGCUGUCCCUUGCGGGCAUCGUCACUACGUUCGGCGAUGGCGCCCUUGAAGUGUUCCGGUGGCUGGGUCGAAGAGUAUAUCGGCGAUCUUCGGCUUCUUCGGCCGGCUUAUACCCGCGUCUCGUCAGGCUCGUCAUCCUCUUGGGCGAGGUGUGCAUUGCUCAAGUCAUCAUCCUCAGACUGAUCACGAGAACGUGA